GUGUUAGAAAGAGGCUUUGGUUGGGCGGGAGAGAUGGUCAGUCUCAUCUCUUUCCAGGAGGGUGUCGUGGAGGGCACACCUGGUUUUGAUGCAGUCAGGAGACUGCGGUCCUACGUUUCUCUGGAGGAGAACGUCCAUGUAGGGGACCGUGUACAGAAAACCAUAGACCUUUUCACUGUCACCGGCUUGGCGGUUUUGAUCCAUUCAGAUCCGGAAGUCCUGGCAGAAGACAUUUCGCUCAUCCGGAAGAUGGAGGUCGAAGGUAGCUUGUUCGAUGUGCAGGGUGAGGACUCCCCCAGGUCGCCUGUCCGGGGAGUCCUGCCUUCUUGCUUUGAGUUCAUUGUUUCCUUGAUCUGGAGCCUCGGGCCCAACGCCGGCGUGCUCCAGGAAGCAAACUAG